GCCAGGGGAACACACUCCUCGGCCUGGCUGCAGAGUUUUUUGUUGUUGUUGGUCUUUUUGUUUUUGUUUUUUAAGAAAGAGGGAAAGCCACAGGCACCAGGAGAGAGCGCGACACUCCGACCUGUAUCGGUGGGUGCAUCGUGGGCUCUCCCAGCGUGGAGAGACGCAGGAGUUGCUAGAUGGUGCCUCUCUUAGGCGAGUGUGUGCUCUCGGCUCGCGGCGCGGACAGCCGUCUGCUCCUGGUCAUUGUCUGGACAGUCCCUGCGGCGGCGGCCGGGGGAUGCCCCCGCCCGGGUACCUGUGUGUGGUGAUGGGCGGCCACAGCCCUGUGCUGCUGCGGCCGCUGCUAUAUAAGGAAUUCCUCGUGCCUUUCGCACCCGGUGGCUCCGUGGGGCUCCCGCGGGGCGUUAAACGACGAGUUUUUAAGAAUGGGGGUUAAUAAAUGCGCCCCUGAUGGCAUCGAUGUGGCGUCCGGAGAACUAGGAAAUCCUGUUUAAGUGGCAACCCUGGCGCGCCCCCCGCGCCCCACCCCCGCCCGGUCUGUGUUGCUCCCUCCCCUCCGGGAUGCCAAACGCCAGGUUUUGUAACCUUUCCUGGCAAUUUUAGAUUUUGUGUGGGAUUUCCUGUCUAGAAGCAGAUACGAAGAUUUUAGGCUGUUCCAAAGAGGAUUCCUCUCGGUUGUAAACACAUUUUGAAUAUAUCUGAGCCUACAUUAAAAUCCCCGCUGCCAUGAAUGAUUUUCAGUUGUUCAGAUAGAUGUUGUGUUUCAGAGAAGCCUGUUCGUUCGGAGGGAAAGGUGUGUUGGGUAGCGUCAUUGUGGAGAGGGGACUGGUGGUGGCAAGGACCUGAGCACAGGCUACCGCAAUUGUAAUUUCCUGCUUCUAGCGUCAAAUAGUGUCUGUUCUACAUUGAGCUGUUGCCGCUAUCGCUGAUGUGGCUUUAUGAAAGUUUUCAGUUUAAAUUCUCAACUGGCAAUUGGCCGAAAAUUCCCAUCUGAAGAAGGGAGCACCCAAAUGCAUUUUGGUUACUGCCUACUCGGCAUAGGAAGGCACCAUCAAGAAUAAUGGAGAGACUAGCACCAAAAGGAAACCAAUGGAUAAUCUUAAACUUCCACCACAAGAAGACUGUAGAGGGCCCUCCCGCACCAAGAACCAUCUGCAGAUCUUUUUCAGUGUUCUUGGAGGUGGGCUGAGAGCUCGAUCACUGUGUGUCAGCCACCUUGUUCUCUAAAGUAAGAUCUGUAGCAACACUUGUCGAUAGUAAUGGACGCCACAUCCAUAGGGAGCAAGAUGAGCUGUUGGAGACCCUGUGGCUGUGCUAAUCUGCAGGCAUGACAGCUUGGCUGGCUGAUACUAGUUCUUUCACCGAACCAGGCUCAAGAUGAGCAUCUUGCUUUCAAUUACAAAUUAUAAUACUGUGGUAGAAGCAAACUCGGAUUCUGACGAUGAAGACAAACUCCAUAUUGUGGAGGAGGAAAGCAUCACAGAUGCGGCUGACUGUGAAGGUGGCGUGCCAGAGGGCGAGCUGCCAGCAGACCAGACAGUAUUACCAGGAGGCGGUGACAGGGACGGCGGGGCUGAGAACUGCUGGCAGGAUGACGUAAAAGAUGAUGAGUGCGACUCAGAUGCAGAAAAUGAGCAAAACCAUGAUCCUAAUGUGGAAGAGUUCCUGCAGCAACAAGACACAGCCAUCAUUUAUCCUGAGGCGCCUGAGGAGGACCAGCGGCAGGGCACGCCAGAAGCCAGCGGCCAAGAUGAAAACGGAACACCAGAUGCAUUUUCCCAGUUGCUCACCUGCCCGUAUUGUGACAGAGGCUACAAGCGCUUUACCUCUCUGAAAGAACACAUUAAGUACCGCCAUGAGAAGAACGAGGACAAUUUCAGCUGCUCCCUGUGCAGUUACACCUUUGCCUACAGGACCCAGCUUGAACGCCACAUGACAUCACAUAAGUCAGGAAGAGAGCAAAGACAUGUGACGCAGUCUGGGGGUAAUCGUAAAUUCAAGUGCACUGAAUGUGGAAAAGCUUUCAAAUACAAACACCACCUAAAAGAGCACUUACGGAUUCACAGUGGAGAGAAGCCAUAUGAAUGCCCAAACUGCAAGAAACGUUUUUCCCAUUCUGGUUCCUAUAGCUCACACAUAAGCAGUAAGAAGUGUAUUAGCUUGAUGCCUGUGAAUGGGAGGCCCAGAUCAGGACUCAAAACAUCACAGUGUUCCUCGCCAUCUCUUUCGGCAUCGCCAGGCAGCCCCACACGCCCACAGCUACGACAGAAGAUAGAGAAUAAACCCCUUCAAGAACCGCUUUCUGUAAACCAAAUCAAAACUGAACCUGUGGAUUAUGAGUUCAAACCCAUAGUGGUUGCUUCAGGAAUCAACUGUUCAACCCCUUUACAAAACGGGGUUUUCAGCGGUGGUGGCCAAUUGCAGGCAACCAGUUCUCCUCAGGGCGUGGUGCAAGCCGUUGUUCUGCCAACGGUUGGUUUGGUGUCUCCCAUAAGUAUCAAUUUAAGUGACAUUCAGAAUGUACUUAAAGUGGCGGUAGAUGGUAACGUAAUACGGCAAGUUUUGGAGAAUAAUCAAGCCAGUCUUGCAUCCAAAGAGCAAGAAGCAGUCAGUGCUUCAUCCAUCCAACAGGGUGGCCACUCUGUGAUUUCUGCCAUCAGUCUUCCUUUAGUUGAUCAAGAUGGAACAACCAAAAUUAUCAUCAACUACAGUCUUGAGCAGCCUAGCCAACUUCAGGUUGUUCCUCAGAAUUUAAAGAAAGAAAACCCAGCCCCUACAAACAGCUGCAAAAGUGAGAAGUUACCAGAAGAUCUCACUGUUAAGUCAGAGAAGGACAAAAGCUUUGAUGGGGCUGUGGACGAUAGCACUUGCCUUCUGUGUGAUGAUUGCCCAGGAGACCUCAAUGCACUUCCAGAACUAAAGCACUAUAACCCAGAGCACCCUGCCCAGCCUCCACCCCCUGCCCCAGAAGCCGAGAAGCCAGAGUCCUCUGCUUCAUCAGCCAGAGAUGGCGAUUUGUCUCCCAGUCAGCCACCUUUAAAGAACCUCCUGUCGCUCUUAAAAGCCUACUAUGCUCUGAACGCUCAGCCAAGCGCCGAAGAGCUCUCAAAGAUCGCCGAUUCUGUGAACUUACCACUAGAGGUAGUCAAAAAGUGGUUUGAAAAGAUGCAAGCUGGACAGAUUCCGGGCCAGUCUCCUGAACCACCUUCUCCAGAAACAGGCACAGUCAACAUCCCUGCAAAGAGCGAUGAACAGCCUCAACCUGCAGAUGGAAGUGAGCCCCAGGAAGACAGCACAAGUGGACAGAGUCCUCUCAAGAUGACUAGCUCCCCGGUUCUGCCAGUAGGAUCAGCCAUUAAUGGUUCCAGAAGUUGCACAUCAUCCCCUUCACCUCUAAACCUUUCCUCGGCCAGGAACCUGCAGGGUUACUCUGGCGUGGCAGACGGUGCCCAGGAGGAGCCCCAAGUAGAACCUCUUGACCUCUCACUACCAAAGCAACAGGGAGAGUUACUGGAAAGGUCGACUAUCAGUAGUGUUUACCAGAACAGUGUUUAUUCUGUCCAGGAAGAACCCUUGAACUUGUCUUGUGCAAAAAAGGAGCCACAAAAGGACAGCUGUGUUACAGACUCAGAACCAGUUGUAAAUGUAAUCCCACCAAGUGCCAACCCCAUAAAUAUUGCUAUUCCUACAGUCACUGCCCAGUUACCCACAAUCGUGGCCAUUGCCGACCAGAACAGUGUUCCCUGCUUACGUGCACUCGCUGCCAACAAGCAGACUAUUCUGAUUCCCCAGGUGGCUUAUACAUACUCGGCUACAGUCGGCCCUGCAAUGCAGGAACCACCGGUGAAGGUAAUCCAGCCAAACGGAAACCAGGAUGAAAGGCAAGACACUAGCUCAGAAGGAGUCUCCACCGUGGAGGACCAGAACGACUCUGACUCUACACCACCCAAAAAGAAAACUCGGAAGACAGAGAAUGGAAUGUAUGCGUGUGACCUGUGUGACAAGAUAUUUCAGAAGAGUAGCUCACUGUUGAGACACAAAUAUGAACACACAGGUAAAAGACCUCAUGAGUGUGGCAUCUGUAAAAAGGCAUUUAAACACAAACAUCAUCUGAUUGAACACAUGCGAUUACAUUCUGGAGAAAAGCCCUAUCAAUGUGACAAGUGUGGCAAGCGCUUCUCACACUCGGGAUCCUAUUCUCAGCACAUGAAUCACCGCUACUCCUACUGCAAGAGAGAGGCUGAAGAGAGAGGGAGCACGGAGCAGGAGCAGGAAGAGGCUGGACCGGAAGUCCUGAUGAGUGAGCAUGCUGGUGCCCAGGCAUCUCCCUCCCAGGCUGACUCAGAUGAGAGAGAAAGUUUGACAAGGGAAGAGGACGAAGACAGUGAAAAGGAGGAAGAGGAGGAGGAGGAUAAAGAGAUGGAAGAAUUGCAGGAAGAAAAGGAAUGUGAAAACCCACAGGGUGAGGAGGAAGAGGAGGAAGAGGAAGAGGAGGAAGAAGAGGAGGAAGUGGAUGAAGCUGAGCAUGAGGCAGCAGCCAAGACUGACGGUGCAAUGGAGGAUGGAGCUGCCCAGCAGGCAGGCAGCUUAGAACAGAAGGCGAACGAGAGUAGCGAGCGACUGUCGGAAGAGAAGACAAACGAAGCCUAGGAGUUCUAGAAGGAAAUUCUACUUGGUAAUGAAAUUUGCUCUAUAUUACCCACGCUUUUCAUGGAAACACGGCCCCUGUGCUGUGGUUCCUGCUCACUACUGUGUAAUGUCAGAACUGAAAAAAAAAACAAAAUACAAAAAAAAAAAAAAAAAAUCCGGGUGUGCCUGAACCUCAGACCUAGUAAUUUUUCAUGCAGUUUUCAAAGUUAGGAACAAGUUUGUAACAUGAAGCAGAUUAGAAAACGUCAAUGACUCAGAGAACAGAGGUUUCUUAGCAGGUUACAGGAAGCUGGAUGAGCAUCUGGCAUGUUAUCAGUAUUAUCACUCUUACGUUGGUUCAUUCUUAAGCUGUACAAUGGGAGAAAUUUUAUAAUUUUUUAUUGGUAAACAUAUGCUAAAUCCGCUUCAGUAUUUUAUUAUGUUUUUUUAAAAUGUGAGAACUUCUGCACUACAGAAUUCCCUUCACAGAGCAGUAGAAAGCAGUUCCAACCGUGCUGACUACCUGUUACCAAGUCAGUCAGGAGGUAGGACCUCUACGUUAGACGCCAUGUUGUCAUUUAACAUGUAUUGCUAGCCUUAAGGAAGCAGCCGAGAGAAGAACUGAAGUUUCUUACUCAUGUGAUUUGAAAUGGAGUUCAAAGGUUGUCGUUGAGUUCUGACUGCAGGGACGAACAGUGUGGAGGACGGCAGAGUCGGCAGAAUCAGUGUUGGUGAUUGUGUUUGCGUACGUGGGAGCAACUAUGAAGGAUCUCUAGGAAGCAAGCGUUGGGUCUCCUUUGGCCUUAAGCAAGACCUGUGUGCUGUAAGUGCCAUUCCCAGUAUUUCAAGGCUCUAACUGCCUUCAUUCAGUGUGUGGCCUACAAUAACUAGCAUUUGUUGAUUUGUUUGAUGUUUCAAAAUUCCCAAAUAAAACUCAAAACCACUGACUGUCAGAGAAACUGAAGCACUGGGACAUUUCAUACUUUGGUUCCUCAGUAUUCAUUUUACGUUGAUUGACUUUCAGAAAUCUCUACAGAAACAAAAGGGAAAUUCUCUAAACUACUUCAUCCAUGUACUUGCGUGUCAGACAUGGAUAAGCCAUUGGUAAUUUGGCUCACAACCGUUUCCAAAUGUUAGUUAUUACGGACCCAGUUGAUGAACAACAUUAGCUGAUUUUUACCUAUCAGUAUUAUUUUCUUUCUUUUAGUUUAUAGAUCUGUGCAACAUUUUGUACUGUACGUCUUCAAGCCUGGCAGUAUUAAUACCCUUCUUACUGACACGUACUUUUAGUUUUAGAAAACUUUUAUAUUUAUGUGUCUUAUUUUUAUAUUUCUUUAUUUAUUACACAGUGUAGUGUAUAAUACUGUAGUUUGUAUUAAUACAAUAAUAUAUUUUAGUAUGAAAUUUUGGAAAGUUGAUAAGAUUUAAAGUAGAGAUGCAAUUGGUUCUCGUGCAUUGGGAUUUGAUUUAACAGUGUUCUGUUAACAUUUAUACUCGCCUUGGGCUGUAGAGCAGAGUUUAAAUGGGAAUGUAUUAGUUUUACAACUACAAUCAAGUCAUCCUCCCUUUACCCGGUUUUUAAUAUGAAACUCUUACACUUUGAAAUUCACUGUGUGACUCAUAGCAUGACGCUCUGCAGUUCUUCUGUUAAGAGUUAGCCCCGCCAUAACUCAUCCCUUAGCAAGCCAAAUUAGAAUUGCCUUCUGUAAACAGUGUUGGGAACAAUGUUUAACAUGUUGUGCCAAUUUGUUCCUGUCUCCAUGUAUGUAAGCUACCGAUCCGACUCUUCCUUUUAAGUUCCUUGUUACACCAUGGUCAUUUUCUAGUUUUUUACCAGACUCCCCAGCUCACAAUAAAAUGCAUCAACAAGCCUGA